AUGCGCAGAUGGAUACGUACUGGUGGCAUGAAUUUUGUACGAGCUUCUCAUACCUCAUCCGUAUUAACAAAUGGAAAAGUAUUAGUCAAUGGUGGGGUUACUGGUUCCGGUGCUUUAAGCAGUGCCGAGUUGUAUGAUCCAGCAACAGGGGUUUGGACAAUCACUAAUAGCAUGAAUACGGAACGAUAUUGUCACACAGCGUCUGUAUUAGCAAAUGGAAAGGUGUUGAUUAGUGGCGGAGCUGCUGGUGGUGCUAGAUAUAGUAGUGCUGAGUUGUAUCAUUCAGAAGCAGGUGUUUGGACAGCUACUGGUAGCAUGAAUGCGCAACGGUGUUAUCAUACAGCGUCUGUGCUAACAAAUGGACAAGUGUUAGUUAGUGGUGGAGUUCAAUACAGGGCUCAAAGUAGUGCUGAGCUGUAUGAUCCAGCAACAGGAACUUGGACAACUACUAAUGGCAUGAAAUUUGCACGAGCUUGGCACACAGCAUCCGUAUUAAAUAAUGGGAAAGUGUUAGUUAGUGGCGGAAGUAUCGGCUACAGUAUUUUAAAAAGUGCCGAGUUGUAUGAUCCAGUAACAAGAAGUUGGACAAUUACUGGCAGCAUGAAUAUGGAGCGACACUCUCAUGUAGCAUUCAUAUUAGCAAAUGGAAAGGUGCUAGUCACUGGAGGAGGAUAUAGCAGUGCCGAGUUAUUUGAUCCAGUAACCGGAACUUGGAGCAUUACUGGUAGCAUGCAUGCCCCAAGAGCUUAUCCUGCAGCUUCCGUACUGACAAAUGGAAAAGUGUUAGUUAGUGGUGGAUUUGCUGGAUAUAACAACGGUGGUUAUCUCACAAGUGCCGAGUUGUACGAUCCGACAACUGGAGCUUGGACAAUAACUAGUCUCAUGAAUAGUUCACGAAACGAGCAUGCAGCAUCCGUACUAACGAAUGGAAACGUGUUAGUUAGUGGUGGAUAUAGUGCUGGUUAUCUAAACAGUACCGAAUUAUAUCUUCCAUGA